AGACGCUUCUCUACUCACGUGUUGUCUAAACGUGUGAUUAGUGAAAGCUGUUUUAGUAAAUUGUUUUGAAUAAUAUAGUUAAUCAAAAUGAUUUCUGCCAAAAAAGUAGAUUAUCUCGUAGUAGAUACUAGUGCAUUUAUUAAAAAUGUUCCACUUCAGGAAGCUGGCAAUAAUAUUAUCACUGAGCAAAGUGUUAUAAAUGAGAUAACAAGCAAGAGGCAGUUACGAAGAUUGGUUGUAUUGCCAUAUGAAUUAUUAGUCAAAGAUGUUUUCCCAGAAAACAUUAAAUUUGUCACGGAAUUUGCUAAAAAGACUGGAGAUUACACGAGUCUUUCUGCAACGGAUAUCAAAGUAAUUGCUCUCACCUAUCAAUUGGAAAAAGAGAAAGUUGGCAUAGAACAUCUCAAGGAUUCUCCAACUAUCGUUAAAACAGUGCCAGCAAAAAAAUCAGAGCCUUUAGCUCAUCCGAAGAGUAUUGCUGGAUUUUUUAUCCCUAAAGAUAGUGAGGAUGAUGAUGAUGAUGAUGAUGAUAGUGAAGAUAAAAAUGAUGUUGCCGCAAGAAAAGAUUCAUCACAAAAUAGUCAAGAAAUUUUAGAAAAAAUUAAAGCAGCAACAGAAGAAGAUGCAUUACUAACGAAUAAAUCUUCUAAAGAAGACGAAUCUAGUAAAAGUGAUGAUUCCGAUGAUUAUCUCUCACCUAAUUCAAAUCCAAACCAACUAAAUCAAACUGACUUGGCUGAGAGGUUCAAGGCUUUAGAUUGUAACGUUGAUGAUUUAAAAUUAGAAAAUGAAGAUAAGAACGUUGAUGAUAUUCUCGUUCCAAUUAAAUUUGGUUCUGAAACUUCAAAUAAUUCAGAUAUGGAUUUAGGCGAUUCCGACGAAUCUGACGAUGAAUGUAAUUAUGAUAAUAAUGGAUGGAUUACACUUGGUAAUGUCGUUCAGGCAAAAAAAAUGAUGGACUCAGAUAUUUUAUCAGAAAAGCCUGCAAAAGUUGCUUGUAUGACAACUGAUUUUGCAAUGCAAAAUGUGCUCAUGCAAAUUGGAUUAAACGUUGCUGCAUUAGACGGUCGAGUUAUUAAACAGAUGCGAACGUUUAUUUUCCGAUGCUACGCUUGUUUUAAAACCACAAGUAUAAUGACAAAAGUAUUUUGUCCUAAUUGUGGAAUGAAAACUUUAAAAAAGGUUGCUGUGUCUUUAGAUGAUAAAGGAAAUGAAGAGAUUCAUAUUAAUUUUAGAAGACCUCUUACUGCAAGAGGAAAGCGAUUUUCGUUACCUACUCCACAGGGUGGUAAACAUGCCAACAAUCCCAUCCUUUGUGAAGAUCAGCCCGUUCCAGAUCAACGACCUUCAAGACUAGCUCGCACAAAAGUGAAUCCUCUAGACGAUGAUUAUAUUGCACAAUUUUCACCUUUUGCUACAAGAGACGUUUAUUCUCGAUCUGCAAUGUUAGGAAUCCGUGCAGGUCAUGGUAAUUUCAAGUAUUGGAUGAGAAAAAAUCCGAAUGAAUGUAAAAAACGUAGGAAAUAAUUUAAUAAACAAUUUUUUCUAAGUUAAUUGUAAUUAUAUGGAAUCAAUAAAUUAAUUUUUAUGAAAAAA